GAGUCACAUUGAAAAGUAAAGAGAGAAGCAAGUGGUGUGAGAGAGAGAGAGGGGGUGUUAAGGAGAGGGUGAGAUGCCUUCGUCUAAGCUUGCUCAAACUGGCCUCGUCUAUGCUGUAUUGGGCAGUUGUGGAAUACAAAGAUCUUUGAACAUCUCCUUUACUACAUUUUUGCAACACCUACCCCUUUCUCUCUCUCUCUUUCACUCAUCCUAGGUUUGAUUUUUCCUUCUCUCAAUUCCCAACCUCGCAUCUCCCAUUAUUUUAUUCUCAAACCACGACAACAAAAGCACAAACUUGGUUUCUCAAUUUCUUCCUCUCGAUCCUACCCGAGUUAAAUUAAAAACAAGAGGAGAGAAAACAAAACAGAACAAAAUAAAGGUUUGGUCUUUUGAAGUGGGAGUGAGGAAUCAGACAUCUGGGUUGGUUGCUUGCUAGGUUCGGUUAAUGUUAGAAUGUGGGAUCUCAACGACUCACCCGAUCAGAGGAUUAACAAGGACGAGGAAUCCGAAGAAGGGUGUUCUUCCCUCAAUAAAACUUCCUUCGAUGGAGAUGAUGACAACAACAACAACAAAGGCAAAAGGGUUGGAUCUGUUUCCAAUUCAAGCUCUUCAGCAGUAGUCAUCGGAGACGGGUCAGAAGAAGAGUACGAGGAGGAAGAAGAAGAUGAAGAAGGUGUUGGUGUUGGUGGUGGAAGAAGUAUGAAGAAACGUAGCAGCAAGAUUUUCGGGUUCUCUGUGACCCAAAAUGAAGAAGAGUCCAUGGACAGUGACCAUCCACCUGUGACUAGACAAUUUUUUCCGGUGGAAGAUGCUGACGUGGCGGUUGCAACCGGUGGUGGUGGAACCGGUGUAAGCUCAACGUUCCCUCGUGCUCACUGGGUAGGUGUGAAAUUUUGCCAAUCAGAAACACUUGGCACCGGAAAAUCAUCAGUGGAAGUUUCUCAGCCUAUGAAGAAGAGUCGCCGAGGACCGAGGUCAAGGAGCUCUCAGUAUAGAGGAGUCACCUUCUACAGAAGAACGGGUCGCUGGGAGUCUCAUAUAUGGGAUUGUGGAAAACAAGUGUAUCUAGGUGGAUUUGACACAGCACAUGCGGCUGCUCGUGCAUAUGAUAGAGCGGCUAUUAAAUUCCGAGGAGUGGAGGCGGACAUUAACUUCAACAUUGAAGAUUAUGAAGAUGACUUGAAGCAGAUGAGCAAUCUUACCAAGGAAGAGUUCGUGCACGUGCUUCGCCGACAAAGCACUGGAUUUCCGAGAGGGAGUUCCAAGUAUCGAGGUGUCACUUUGCACAAGUGUGGAAGAUGGGAGGCUCGAAUGGGCCAAUUUUUAGGGAAAAAGUACGUUUAUUUGGGUCUCUUCGACACUGAGAUCGAAGCUGCAAGGGCUUAUGACAAAGCUGCCAUAAAAUGCAACGGCAAAGAGGCGGUAACAAAUUUUGAUCCCAGCAUCUAUGACAAUGAGCUCAAUUCCGCAGAAUCCACAGGUAACGCUCCAGAUCACAAUCUGGAUUUAAGUUUGGGCAAUUCAACUUCAAACCCUGGCAACGAUCAAGCGUUGGGGAAUCAAGCCCCAAAUGCUGUAACCCAUGAUCAGCACAUGCCAUCUGAGUCUAAUUGGCGUAAUGGGGGAAUCAAGCCUAAGCUGGUGAAUAUACUCCCAAAACCAUGUUACAGAAGCAACAACAAGGACACACAUGGAAGGGAUGUGCACGGGGAGAGUGAAACACUGAGGAUGCUAAGUCAAACCCACCUUCAUUCUCCAGCCUUCAAUGAAAUGCAACAAAGAUAUGGUCCCUACAGGUCUCCGGGAGGAGAGUCUCAAAUGCUUCAAAAUUUUGCGCACAUUCACCCACCAAAUUUUCAUUUUCCCAGAAGCAGCAUUGGAGGCCGAAUUGGGAGUGAUCUUUCAUUAUCAGUGGCUGAUCAACAACAGUGGCAAACCGGGCCUUCACGUUAUUUAGCAACUGCUGCAGCAUCAUCAAGUUUCCAACAAGAGAUAAGACCCUCUUCUCAAGGUUGGCUGCAGAAAAAUGGGCUCCACAGUCUCAUGAGACCCUCAUGAUCCCUAUUAUAAAUAGAGAAUUUUCUGCCUCGCCAAGUACUAGUUACAUUCAAAUAAUCGUAAUCUGCUCCCUAAGUAAUAUUAUUAUUGUUACCCUUCCAGGGUUUCACCCCCAAAAAAUUAUUAUUUUCUUUUCUUAGCAUGUAAAAUAGGAUGCAGUGUUAGAUUGUGUCCAUGUCCAACCCAGACCCCUCGUCACACAAGGCCACAACUUUACUAUUGAGGUGAAAAAGAAAAGGAUAAAAGAAAAGAAAAAAAAAAGAAGAGAAAAUCCAAAUUGGGAACUUACUACUGGUCUGGGGUCAGUCAAACUAACAAACGGACGAAAUCUUUAACUAGAUAUUCUGGGCUCUGACUAAAAUUUUAGGAUCUUAUAUAACUCUGAUUUUAUUGCUUUUCUGCGGUUGUGGUAUAUUUAUGACAGCACCUAUUCGUUUCUUGAUUUGGGAUGUAUUGCUAUCACAUAUACAUGGUUGUUGUCAAUUUGUUCCU